UGAUAUCUAAAGUGCUGUGGCCACCCCCUGCCUGGCUGACGGUCGCAGCUAGCGCACUGUCACGACGGGGCACAUUCUGAGCAAAAGGCUCAGGUUAUAUUUUUGGACUGCCAUGGAGACUGGCCCUUCCAUAUGUAGGAAGGGUGUAUAGUUGUGCUCAACAUGAGCCUCCCGCUCUGAUAAUCCGGGCCGGGACAAGCAGGCAGCAGCCGGCCGAUCCCAAGUAGCAGACACACAGGGGACUCCCCUGUCGGGAGUGUGUUGGUCAACUGUAAGAAGAAUAACCUGGGGGUUAAACUGCUCAUGGCUGCCAGUUAUAGCAAUGUCAAUGAACCAGGCCUGCUUUUCCAGCAGUACCCUCCAGCUCUACUGCCUAAGCCUGGCAAGGAAAAUGCUAGACUCCAGAAACUACUCAAGAAAACGGAGAAAAAAAUCAAGAAAAAAGCCGCCCCUGAGAUCGCAAAGACACCUGUCCCUUUCCGCUCAAGCCUCUCGCCUGUGAAUGAAGCAAGUCCUGACUUGGAGCACAGUGACCACUCAACCCCUCCCAAAACUCCAGAGGCAUCCUUCUACACACAGCACCCCAGAUUUUCUGUCAGGCCAGUCUAUCGUCAUGUGGCAUCCCCUUACCCGCAGCAACGAGGAGCCACUUUUGGUGGAACAGCAAGGUUCGCCCCACAGCUAUAUGCUGCUCCAGCCCCCACCUUCCCCCAAUAUGUGGCCCCACUCUACACAUUUACUCCAACACCCCCGUCAGCCGUUCCAGGGCCAGCCUUGCAUGAAUUGGCACCCAAAACGCCUGAGCAAACGUCCUCUGUGCUUGACGUGACAACGACAGCUGCUACUCAAAUUGCUCCUCCAGUCACUGCUUCAGUACCUCAUCCACUCAGUGCUCCAGUUGCUCUUGUCACAGUCACUCCUGCUGCCACACAACCUACUCUGCGAAUAGCCCCAGUAGUAAUACACCGCAAAAGUCCAAGUCCACGUUUUAAAGCUACCGAAGCUGCACUAAAAGCACCCAAAUCGAUGUUUGAUGUCCCUCAAAUUAGGGUCUAUACUGCAUCUAUGUCCCCCUUCCAUGAUUAUACUGGAUCAAAGACAUCUACUGCAGACGCAUUAUCUCUGAGUAUAACACCCACAUCAGAAAUCACAAGAGCUUUUACACCAACUGCUGAAAUCAAAAGGAGUGCAACACCUACAUCCGGGGUAAAAAGAGGUUUAACACCUACACCUGGACUCCAAAGGAGUGCAACGCCUACAUCCGGGGUAAAAAGAGGUUUAACACCUACACCUGGACUCCAAAGGAGUGCAACGCCUACAUCCGGGGUAAAAAGAGGUUUAACACCUACACCUGGACUCCAAAGGAGUGCAACGCCUACAUCCGGGGUAAAAAGAGGUUUAACACCUACACCUGGACUCCAAAGGAGUGCAACACCUACAUCCGGGGUAAAAAGAGGUUUAACACCUACACCUGGACUCCAAAGGAGUGCAACACCUACAUCCGGGGUAAAAAGAGGUUUAACACCUACACCUGGACUCCAAAGGAGUGCAACGCCUACAUCCGGGGUAAAAAGAGCUAAAACACCAACUCAUGAUUUUUUAACACCAAGAACUCCUUUAGGUCGCCCUAAGACACCCUCAUUUCAUGUGUCCCGUGCCAAAACACCUGUUUUUGAAAUAUCAAGAACCAACCCACUUUUAUUCGCUGUAUCACCCAUUACUACAGAGGCACAGAUAUCUAACACACCAACACCUGGUACUAAUGCUGCCAGUCAGUCUUUGUCUGACCCUUCAAAAUCACCUUCAACUAUUCUAGGUGCAAGAACUCUGAAUGGGGAAGUGACGUCAAAAGAGACUCCCACAGCUAAAUCACCUCCUCAGAACAAUUCAAAACCAGAGGCUCCUCGACACGAAAAUCCUGUAGUUGAGUCUGCCAGACCAAAGACCCCGACAAAUCUAUUAGGCUAUCAAAGACCCAAGACUCCAACAGGUGUUGCACCCACAUUUGGGUACCAAAGGCCCAAGACUCCAACAGAUAUCACACUGAAAUCUGCUGCACCCUCCUAUGGGUACCAAAGACCCAAGACUCCAACAAUUGUCACAUUAAAGCCUACAGCACCCACAGAUGGGUACCAAAGACCCAAGACACCAACAAAAGAAACAUCAAAACCUACAGCACCCUCAGAUGGGUAUCCAAGGCCCAAGACUCCCACCAAUGAAGGGCAUAAACCUAUGACUCCAACAAUUGAGUAUCAAAAACCACAACCACCAGCAGGGUAUCAAAGACCAAAGACUCCCACAGCUGGGGUAUCAUCUAUAGGAUUUCAAAGGCCCAAGACACCAACAUAUGAGGAUCCUAAACCAACUCAUACCUAUUAUGGGUUGACUCCUGCUGCAUAUGUUGCCCAUGGUGGAAUCCAAAGUUUUUCACCUUUAUUUGGAAUAUCCAGGUCUAAGACGCCGACUCAAGAGGAAUCUAAAACCCAAGAGCUAGAAGCAUCUAAAACACCUACCCAAGAGUUACCUGUAAAAUCACAUCCUUUGCCCGAGGUGUCAAACCAGGAAGCACCCUUCAAAGAACUGGAAAAAUAUAUUUCAAGUGAGGCCAUAGUAUCCACGACAGUAGUUAAGCUUCCGCUUCCAACCAUUGUUGUUACACAAGCUGAAGAGGUCUCAGAAACAAGAGUAUCCACAGCUGUGACCAGCAAAAUAUCAACUCCCAUUGCUGAAAUGCCAAAGGUUAAAACUGUGGCAAACACAAGACCAUGGGCUAAAUCUCCAACACCAGAGGUUAAAACCCCAGUGAAGACACCAACUUAUGGAGUUUGCCCAAAACCCAAGACACCCACCCCAGAAACCCAACGCAAGACAAUACCUCCUUUCUCAAAAACAGAAUCUCCUGUGGCUAAAGCCAGUGUGGUGCAACAGAAAGAGUUGAAGAAAUCAACAGAGCCUAAAAUGCCAACCAAAGCAACCUCUGAGGCUAAACCAGUAGGGACAAAGCCAACCAAUUCUUCUCCACUUGCAAAGACUGCAUCUCCUGAGAAUCUUUUGUUGCCGGCUAAACCAAAGAAUAACCAGGAUGCCAAACCUGAAAAGGUGGUAUCAGCUCCAACCACAUCAUUGACAGAGAAGAAGGAAGAGAGGAAAGACUCUUUCCCAGCAGCUGAACCUCUUCUUAAAGUAAUCCAAAAGCCAAAGGGCAUGAUGAAGUCUAAACUCAGUGGUUGGUCACGGCUCAAGAAGCACAUGGUAGUGGAAGAAGAACCACCUAUGUUCACAGAAUCAGAUCCUAAGAAAGAAACCGCCAAGGUGACUGAGCAGGAAGGAGGUGAAGCGAAAAAGGAUGAAAAGGUGUCAUUUAAAGACAUGGUGGCAGCCGUAACAGCUGACGAUCCUCCCAAGGCAGCGAAGAAGUGGGAUUCUCUUCUCUUCGAUAUGUUCUCCACUAAAGAGAAGAUUAUGCAGGUGAUUGAAGCCAGCAAAAGUGAGGAGGAGAGGAAAGAGCAGCCAAAGGAUGCAGGGAAAGAAAUCCCAUCCUUCGCCCAUCGUCUGCCUGUUCUCCUUUUCAGCCCAAAGUUUGAUGCCAAAAGGCUAAGAGAGGCUGCGUCAAGGCCACUAACUAAAAUUUCGACAGUGUUUGAGAUGGGUCUCAUAGGGCGUAAAAAUAAAGACGAGGAACCAAAAGACUUUAACAGAACAGCUAGAGGGUUCACUUGUCCUUAAACCAUGUCUUUUUGGACUGGUAAAGAUGAAACUGAGAAGAACAUUUUGAAAAAUUAUAUUGUUAAAUGUUUUAUGUGCACUGGUGUAGAAAUGGUAGUCAUAAUGUACAGUUCCCAUCUCUCGGCUUGACACAGGAUACAAUAUUUAAGACAGUCUCAUAGAGAAUGUGAUCUUAACUUUAUACUUGAUAAAUGCACCAUGUUGCAUUUUGAGCACUGAUUGUUUUGUCGUCUGACUAUGUUACACAUUUGUGUGAAUGUCUCUUUCUCUGAUAAUAUGAAAAUAUUACCUUGACAAUCAGAGGAUAAGGGACAUGUAUUGUUGUUUUCAAAGAAUUUAGACAUCUGGUGAGAUUAAAAUGUACAAAGAUGAAGUUAAUCUCUGAGUUAUUUUUUUUGUCCACUGUUGAAUCCUGAUAGGACAAUGAGAUUAUUUUUCAGAAGGGGUACUGAGACUGUAGUGUAAUGUACUUAGGUACACCAUUUACUAAAAACGAUAAACUCUCAGUUAUAGUACGUGUCUUGAAAUCGCAGAUGAGUGUAGAGCCUAUAGACUGUAUUGAUGCAGGUUUUGGGUAUCUGAAGAAACUUGACUCCAGGGCAUUUAGAGAAAUGUUUCCAAAGAUGGAUGAAAAAGAGAGGAGAGGAUGAAAGUAGUAGUGAAGUAGGACUGUAUAUUUCCCAAAAUGGUGCUUUCAAAUAGACUAGGUAUUCAGGUGAUACUUUU